AUGUUCCGAGCACUAGCCAAGGCCAGUGUGGCCCUGUGCCCCAGAGUGUCAGGUUGGGUGCGGACCAUGGCCUCCCACCAGCUGCUGGUGUCACCCCCAGAGACCCUAAGCAAGCCCUUCUCAGUCCCCAAGAGGCUCCUGCUGGGUCCUGGCCCCUCCAACCUGGCCCCACGAGUCCUGGCAGCCGGGGGGCUACAGGUGAUUGGGCACAUGAGCAAGGAGAUGCAGCAGAUCAUGGAUGAGAUCAAACAAGGAAUCCAGUAUGCGUUUCAGACCACGAAUCCCCUCACACUGGCCAUCAGUGGCUCGGGACACUGUGCCAUGGAGACAGCCCUAGUCAACCUCCUGGAACCUGGGGAGUCCUUCCUAGUCGGUGCCAAUGGUGUCUGGGGGCUGCGGGCUGCAGAUAUCGCAGAGCGCAUUGGAGCCCAUGUGCAUCGAAUGAUCAAGGAGCCUGGAAGCCAUUACACACUACAGGAGGUGGAGGAGGGCCUAGCCCAGCACAAACCAGUGGUGCUGUUCCUUACCCAUGGGGAGUCCUCCACCGGUGUAAUGCAGCCUCUGGAUGGCUACGGGGAGCUCUGUCACAAGUACCAGUGCCUGCUCUUGGUGGAUUCUGUGGCAUCGCUGGGCGGGGUCCCCCUCUACAUGGACCAGCAAGGCAUUGAUGUCUUGUACUCUGGCUCCCAGAAGGUACUGAAUGCCCCACCAGGGACCUCCCUUAUCUCCUUCAGUGACAAGGCCAAGCACAAGGUCUACUCUCGGAAGACGAAGCCUGUCUCUUUUCUCAUGGACAUCACUUGUUUGGCCAAGUUGUGGGGUUGUGAGGGCAAGACAAGAAUGAACCAUCAUACAAUGCCUGUCAUCAGCUUAUACUGCCUGAGGGAAAGCCUGGCACUCAUUGCAGAGGAGGGCCUGGAGCAUUCCUGGCAGAGGCACCAGGAGACCACAGCCUAUCUGCAUGAGCGCCUGCAGGGGCUGGGCCUGCAGCUUUUUGUGAAGGACCCGGCAAUCCGGCUGCCCACAGUCACCACUGUGGCUGUGCCUACAGGCUACAACUGGAGAGACAUUGUCAACUACGUCGUGGACCACUUUGACAUAGAAAUCACCGGUGGCUUUGGGCCCUCCGAAGGGAAGGUGCUGCGGAUUGGCCUGCUAGGCUACAAUGCCACGAAGGAGAAUGUGGACCGCAUGGCAGAGGCCCUGAGGGAGGCCUUACAGCACUGCCCUCAGAACAAGCUGUGA